AUGGCGGACGGGAGUUCAACUAAUGUUUUGAUUGAUUCUGUUCGAUUUGUUUUAAGCAAUUGGGCAGUAUUGCAGCUCGCUGUUGAACAUUCAUUUGGAGGAAUAGACAGCAGAGAAAAAGCGGAAUGGAUGGUUGAUGUUGUAGACCAAGUUCUUCGAGAAAACGGUUAGUAUUUUCAGCAUGUUUAAUUUGUGCGUUCUUAUAAACUCGAUCGGAUAGUCAGUUAAUCGAAAUAUUAUCAUUCGGUAAUGGUUGGGUAUUCUUAUACAGCCCAUUUCCUCAGAGUUACUGGAGGGCAGGGUUAAAGAUAAAAAAGAAGUGGAACAUCUCUGGAUGAAAUAUGGGCCUGGGGUGGUUGUGCUACUAUAGCUACACAGGGUAUGUUUCCUCUUUUGCCUCUCUGUGCUGUACUGGGAGAAGUGAUGUGACACUGCAGGGUUUCUUGUAAUGCAGGUAUCAAUGUUCAGAUGGAGAGGUUUUUUGGAGGGGGGGGGGGGGGGUGGCUACGGGAAAAAGUGCUGCAUUUGAAUUUUUUUGCAACUUUUUGGUCAAAUUCCUGUCUCUUGAGACUGGAAAAUAGUUCAAAUUUGAUAAAAUAUCCACACCUAGGGAUAACAAAACCGUGUAAUGACUUUCAAGGGCCCAACAGCGACAAGAUUUCAAAAAGGACAAAUCCAAUCCACUUUCUUCUCUUUCUUCUGCCUGAUAUUAAACAUAUGACAAUACAUGUAUCCGAAACUGAAUCCAACUGUCAGUUGAAAGUUCAUUUAACAAGCCUAGAUGAUUAUUUUGGCUACUCGUUGGGAAUUAAACUGGUUUUAAGGUCACCAAAGUAAGCUAAGUUAUUGGGCACUGCUCCUUGAUUUAUAAUAUCUGAAACCAGUCACUUCAACGAUUAUAAAAGGCUGAAAAUCCAGCUUUGGUUUCACCAAAAUGGAAAGUUUGUUUGAAGGAUGUUGUAGUUAUUACAAUAUUCUUCAAACAAACUUUACAUUAUACUGUAGUGGUAUUGCAUUAUAAAAAUAUAAUAAUUAAUACAUGCCAGCUUCACACUUACUGAUAUUUUCCAAGAUGGUGUCUCCUGGAACACAAGUUUAGGACCCAGUCCUCUGUAUGGUCAAAUUCAAAAUAAUCUCUGCAGCAUGGGGCAAAAUUUGUGGUCAAAUUCCCCAGAGAAGGGACAGCAGAAGUGUUCAAAUACUGCAACUUUGCUCGUACCCCCCCCCCCCCCCUUACCCUCUUCGUCUGAACAUUGAUACCUGCAUAAACAAACAGCCAAACAAGAGCAACAACAAACUAACCCCUUAUUAGCCUGUGUACAGACGUCCCCCUGCUCAGAAAAAAUCAAUAGAAGAGAAGUCUAUCAUUAAUCGUGUUCCGGUAUACAUUCAACUAACAGAGAAAAAAAAACAACAAAAAAAUAACUAUGCAAAUUUUGCAUAAUUUUUUUGGGUUGGUGUUUUUUCUCUGACAGUUGAAAAGGUGUUGACAGACCAACACGACUCUGGACUCUUGUACAGUACAGACGCAGUUAUCGGACGUUCUCAACCUUUAUAGCUAAGCUAGGCUCUACCUAGAAUAUCUAGUUAAAAUGUCAUUUAUAACGAAUAUUUCAUUCGCUGGAAGAUUCUAACACAUUCUUCAGUCUUUUUUUAGCUCAUAAAGUCGGUCUACUGUGCAUCGAUUUCCUGUGGUUUUUAGUUUGGCAGAAUUUUGAUCUCGGAAGCACUGUUUACAUUUCCAGUCAAGCGUUUUAUGCAGGAGUUGAUCCAGGAUCGUUCACUUCUCUUCAUAAAGAAAUUACAAUAGCCUUACUUUUGCCUAAUUCUUUGAGUCAUGAUUGACACAUGCAGCCCAAAACUUACCCUGGCGUCUGUACACGGGCUAGCCAAACAUCUUCACGCAAUGUCCGUGCUAAAAUCCAGAUAUGAGAUCUCUAAUUAAGCAUUGAAUUCUGUACAUCCUUCUCUUGUUAUUUACAAUACCAACUGGCAGAGAAGACGCACCCGCAACCGGUUCAGCCUGAAACAUCAGUACCUAUUCCAGAGACCCGAAAUACAAGCAAACAAAAUUAAUAUAAAUGCGCUAAGCUGUCCACAAAGGCUGAUUUUUUUCCCCAGGGAAUCUAUUCUGAGGUUUAUUAACCAAUCACAACACCGGAAAUUAUUUGUGUCAUGGCAUUAACAUUACAACCAAUCAGAGGCUGUCCUCAACAUUCCGGGGAAAUGGGAACACGGUUAUCGUGGGCAAUUCACACAAUUAUCGUCGUCUCCUCUCCCGAUUUUUCCUAAAGGGAGGGGGGAUGUCUGUACACAGGCUAACCCCUUAUUAGAGAGAAAAACAAAUACAGGUAUAUGGUAGCUUAGGUAGCAAUAAUCGGCAAGGUUAGGUUAAGUUUUACAAGGCUUUCUCUGUUCUUUUGUAGAGACUAUAGAAAAUGAUGAAUUAGAGAGUUAUAUCGAAGAAAUUUUGUUCAAUGAGUUUCACACAAUGGCUGAAGAUGGAAGCCUACCCAAGGUUAGUUUUAGAGACUAUAACACCGUCUGUACAAUCACUGCAUAAACAUUUGCAUCCUUGUUAUUGUCUAGAUCUUCAUAAACAUCAUCAUCAUUAUAAUGAUAAGUCUGUCUCAGACCUUAUGGGAAACAUAACUUAACCAGGAAUUUGGCUUUGGGAGACCAUGGCUUAUCUAUCCAUAUCUGUCAACAAAAACUUAAUUAAACAGAUGACAAGUCCCAACACUCUAUAAUGUUACAAUAGUCUGUCACAUAACAUGACAGUAUGAUCCUAUGAAAGUUAUUAAAUUAAUGAUCUAAGAUGGCAGUCGAGAUGCAAUGCUGCUUCUCUGCAUACAUGAGUGAGUAGCAAGGUGAAAUUUGAAGAAAAGCCUCUAGAUGAUCUAUGUAUGGACUAUUUUAGUAAUUUCAAUGUAAUUAAGGUUGAUUUUUUUUCCUGCAGGUUGCUCUUUCAAUUUUUUACUUUUUUCUAAUUCUUUAUAAAUAAUGUAAAAAUCAAGUUAAACAGUUUGUGUUACUGUUUAUUUUAUUUUUAUUUAAUAAGGAAGCCUUGACUGUGCUUUUUUUUGUUGUAAAGGAAACAGAAAGUGGCUAGAGCACAAAAGAAGUCUAGGGUAAACACGAGAUGUAGUAGAGUGUUUCUCCCUACUUCUUGAGUGCUCUAAGCUGAUUACUAGGUGCCUUACAGCAGAACAGAGCACAGUCAAGGAUUCUUUAUUUUUUGUUUUGUGAUAAAGAAUCCAUUAAAUUCCCCAUGCAGUACCUUCUAAUUUUCAAAACAAACUAGUUAUUGACACUUGCACUUGCCUCAGUCAUUUUUUUUUUUUUUUUCGGGGAAAUAAAGUUUUUCUUUUUUUGAAGGAGAAAGAAAGACACUAGCAGCAAAUAAAUUAACAAACAGUUAAAUAAACACAAAAUGUUUGAAUGCAGCAUGGUAUUGUGUUUAAUGAUAACGCGAAUCAGGCAGCGACCUGAAUUACAGAUGAGAAAAAUUAAGCAAAAAUUCAUUCUAACCAGACAGUGGCUUCCCAAAGGAAACUGCCUUGUUUUCAUGUGUUUUGCCACCGUUUCUCGAGUAUUCUGUCAUCUCUGGUCUGAGUGAGAAAAAUCUAUCAAAAUGCAGCGUUUUAUCAACAGCUUUUUCAAAGAAAGUGGUAAGUAGAUGCUCUCAUAACAUGGUUUCAAUUCUUCUUAAUAAUCGAACCAAAAUUUAAGCUUGUUUUGAUAUUAUUUAACGAAGACCCUGAAUAGCUAGACAGGUAAUUCACCCAUGGAUAAUGCCUCAAUCCUUAUUUUUUUCUGGCUACGGCCCAGUUAUACCUUCAUAAGGCAUGCUUUUUCAACCAAUCAGAGUGUGCAUUAUAUCUGAACUUUAUUAUAAUAUUUUACAGAUUGUCCAGAAAUUAUGUAGCUUUCACAAAAUGUGGAAACAAGGAAACACAGCACAGAUUCAACAGGAAAUCAGUUUAGCUCCGAUAACAAAACCUCCUCAGUGUGUAAAGAAAAGAUCGGCUGCUACUCAGAUUGAUAGCGAUGAUGAUGAUGAUGAUGAUGAUGAAGAUAACAUGGGAACCAGGGAAGCUCAAGCUGUUGUUAAUGGACAUGAUGAUAGUUCUACAGUGAGCCAACGGCUUGACAGACUUCACAUCUCACAAAACAGUACACAGAGUCCUUCCAGCUUAGUAGAGCCAGGACAAAGUCAGUCACCAAAUGGUGGGUACAGACAAAUCAGUAGACUGUUAGCUUGUAAUAAUACCUUUACCUUAACACUGACCAGCCUUGAUGCUUUAUUGGCAAAGUUAAUGGAGUUAAAGUCCCACCCUAGCCUAGUCUCGCCCUGACUGCUAGCUGGAUUUGUUCAUGCUAGUCCUGAGUUCAAAUCAUCGGCCAUGCUUGUAAACAGCCAACUGCUUUGCCUCUGGCCAGCUGUGAUUCUUAACCCCAUGAAGUUUGAUUUAUAA